CACCCAAGUCACGAUGCAGCACGCCACGUCGAACCCGUCGGACGCCCAGCUCGAUUGGACGGUGCUGCCGACCAGUCACCGCAAUACGAGCAAAGGCAACAACGCCACCGCAGAUGGCCUCGCCGAGCAUGGCGAAGCGGGCCCCGAAGACGAAGCAGCGGGACCCGAAGAUGAGGCCGUGGUCUCCGAGGAAGACAAGACAGCGAGCUUCUGGGAGCAAGGGCUCCCGACGCUGGCUAUGCUCCAGGAGUGGUUUAUUAUCCUCGCAACCGCGUGCAUCAUCUUCUACGCUUGGUAUCUCGUUCUCGCGUUCAGCUCGAUCAUCAAGCACACGCCGACGGCGUUCCCGGAGCCCACUGCCUUCGACGACAACCUGCGCUGCUGCAACGGCAUCUACGCGCAGUUGGGCUUCAUGCACGAGUCGUUUGGCGAGAAGGUCGCGACUCUCGCUGCGAAGACCACUGCCCUCGGCGACACCGCUAGUGCUCUUACGGAGCAGUAUCCGCAUUGGGAGGCCAAGCUGCAGUCCUUUGAGAAGGCCACGAGCGCGCUCCAAGAAAGCGUUCGUGCCAACACGUUGGCGCUCUUCAACUUGGAGGCCAAGCUGCAGACCGUCAAGGAAGCGGCUGCGCCGACGUGCAAGACGCCCGAGCAUCGAUUCAACUACGCGAGCCCGAGCCUUGGCGGCGCCAUCGUGACUCAUGCGAGCGAGUUCUUUAAGCCGACCUUGCUGGGCGUGAUUGCGGACGUGCUGUCUCCCACGCGGCUCACGUCGUCGUCGCAUGUGGACGCGUCUUUCUUUGGGUUUGAGUUCAUGUCGACGACGCCCGAGAACACGAUCAGCUUCAAGAUCCCGGGCGAGAACCCGGAUGGAUGGCACCUCGCGGGGACGUCCGGGAACCUCACAAUCCGCUUCGGCUCGCCGAUUCUUGUCGACGCGGUCCAGCUCGACCACGCGCAUGCCGACGCGUCUUCGGCGCCCAAGAUGCUCCAGCUCGAGGGCUUGACCGCGCACCCGGAGCGACACUACGUCGAGUUCACCGACUUUGGCACGUUCGAAUUUCGUGCGGAUGGCGCGGUCCAGCAACCGUUUGCGCUGGAUGGAGUGGCGGCGACGACGCCGAUCCACGGUAUCCGCGUGCACGUGCUCUCCAACCACGGCCGCGAGGAGUACACGGUCUUGAGCUCGAUCGAAGUCUACGGCGCCCGCGUCUAGGCUGCCUCGCGGCCAGCCUUCUUAGGCUCUUCGUAACGCAAAAUCAUGUUUGCGCACCUCCGA